CGCAUCCUACCGAUGCGAUUGCGAAAUCACAUCCUCCCGUCGCCGGCUUUGCAAUUCCACCACCCCGGAAGCUGGAACAUCUAAAUAAGAAGCAGCCGAAAUCAGCACUAUUCGCCAGGAAUAUAGCCGCGGAGAUCGAUCCCCACCCCAGCAAUAUCCUAUUCCUCCGGUUACGGAGCUGCUCCCCUGCGUUUUCAGAUCACCCUGCCUCAUCAUCAUUGCGAUUUAUUCGCGCACUUUGCUUCUGGAGGCAGGAACCACACCAGGACUGCCACUUCUCGCGCCGUCCAGUUCACUGGUUCUUGCCAAGUAGUAGAGGGAAAAUAUCGAAUCUUUCUGCUGUUCUUGUUUCUCCUCUAGUGCUCUGGUAGUGGCCGGAGCCAUGAGCAGCACGCUGCUUCGAGUCUACCCUUCAGAGCUCAAGAUCCCCUAAUUAAGAUGAGGUCAAGAGGCAGCGAUCUUGCUGCAUGCAGCUGAUCAACAAGACCGACAAGUACGUGGCGUUCAAGGUGAAGACGACGAACCCGAGGAAGUACUCGGUGCGGCACACCUGCGGCAUACUGCUGCCGCGGAGCUCUUGCAGCGUCACAGUUACGAUGCAGGCUCCCAAGGAGAUGCAGUUGGAUUAUCAUUGCAAGGACAAAUUCCUCGUGCAGAGCGUCGUGGCGAGAGAUGGGGCUACCAUGAGAGAUUUUCUCCCUGAACUGUUCACUAGAACACCGGGCAGGUUAAUCGAGGAGUUCAAGCUUCGGGUGGUUUACAUUGCUGCUAACCCUCCCUCGCCAGUGCCCGAGGAGGCAGAGGAAGAAAAGGCAUCCCCUCGGUCAGAGGUGAUGGACUAUGAAGUGAAAAUAUCAUCAGCGUUUGAUGCUGCGUCUAGAUACAUGGAUAAUUCUGGAACCAAACUUCCAUGUGCGGAGGGUGCCUCUGUAGUAUCAAAGCUGGUUGGAGAGAGAGUAUAUUCAGUGGAUGAAAAUCAGAAGCUUCAGCAGGAUAUUGAACUCCUGAGGGAAGCAAGAUCAUCUCAACAGGGUUUCUCAGUAAUGUUUGUGCUGUUAGUCUUCAUGUCAUCUGUCUUCAUUGGACACUUGAUGAAGCACAUCAAGGUUUAGCUACAAAAAAAAUUACUGAAAGAAAGGGAUCUUUAUGCCUGUGCUCCCACCGUGGUGGGGCUCUGUCUCCAUUAUUCUUGGGCUUUCUCAUACGAGCAUCCUGGAGGCUGGAACUACAGAGGGAUCCUCAGGCUGUAAAUUUUUCACAGAGAAGGACAACAUCAAUCGUAUUCAUGUAUAUAAAUAUGCUUCAAUUUUGUAGGAGUUCCAGAACUAGUUAUCCUUGUGAUGUACUAGUAGUACUGAUAUCCAAUGUCUCAGAAUCGCUGAUAGCAGAGCUGGUUUCCCAAGAAA